AUGGUAGUAAAUAUAGUACCAAGGUCAUCGAACAGCGUAGAAACAUUAUUUUCAUCAUACUCAGGAGGAAAAAACUAUGUACAAACAAGCCAAUUGAGGGAGUUAGUAAGCGAAUUGGGAUACGCUCCAUCAAUUAAAGAAGUGGAGGAAUUUUCAAGAAAAUCAGGACCACAAUGUGAUUUGACAGGACUUAAAGGAUUCUUGAAGACAAUCGAACACCCAGAAGAUACACACGCAAACCUGAGAGAACUAUUUAAAUUUUAUGACACGAACAACACAGGAAGAAUAAGUAAGGGUCUGCUGGAAAAGCUGCUGUCAAACGUAGGAGAGCCUCUCUCGAAGAACGAGCUGGAAACGUUCUUUAACAUGCUGGCCCUCGAAGGAGACGAAGUGGAGUACGAGGACCUAGUGAACAAGUAA